CCGAAACAUGAUGAACAGCCCACCGAGCAGCGUCAACAAUCCUCAAUUCGCACGGCCUUAGCGAUCCGAUUGCCCAGCUCGCCCAUGACUCACAGAAUUCCGCCAGCUUCCAUCAUCUCCCAUACCACAUAAACAACCACCACCACAACACCUUUUCCCUCCCAAUUCCUCCCACCAAUCCACCCAUUCUACCACCCCCAUACUCACACCCCCUGACGCACGUGCGCAUCGCGCAUUCACGUGCCCGCCACGCAACUCAACAACCCACCAUGUCACCCAACGUGAAUGAACACUACUCCAUCCACAUCAACACCCCCAACGAGAACAACAAUGACCCCCUCACCUCCCUCCCCGCAGACGAAUCCCCCGCCCAAACCAGCCGCACCCUCGCAACCUCCCUCGUGACGCGCUGCCAAUCCCUCCUCGCCGAAGUGACCGCCUUCCAGACCCUUCUCGUCGAAAGCCAACGCAACCCGCAAAUUGUGGAAGUGCGAUCCCUCAAAUCCAACAUCUUGUCGGAGCUUCGCACGUUGGAGAAACUACAGGCGCAGGUCGCGGCUAUUCCGGCUGGUACGUGGACGGAAGACGAUGGGGAGGGUGAUGAUGAUGAUGAGGCGGCGCGGAGAUUAGUGCAUGCGCUGAGGUCCUCGAAUUUGCCUUUUUAUGAGGCUGUUUGGGGGAUUGCGAAGAAUACGUGUCGUGGGCUGUUGGCGUUUGGGAAGAGGUUUUAUUGGGGUGGGGAGGAGGGGGGUGCGCGUGGGAGUGGGGAGAAAAGAGCUGGGAAGGAUAAACGCAAGAGUGUGUUUGUGGAUAUUAUUGCGGAUGAUGGGGAGGAGUGGGUGAAGGUGUCUACUAUCUCUGAAUCUAGGCUGUUGUUUGAGAUGGCUAAGAAGGGCUGGGAGGCGGAUUCGGAGUCUGAGGAUGAAGGUGAGGCUAGGACCGUUCUACGCAACUAUGAUGGCGACGAGGAUGAUAGUGAUGAUGACGAUGAGAUUGAGCUUGUCAAGUUGGCAAGUGAUAUGCGCAAGGCCGCCGAUGCUACGAGAGUCCGAUACAAACAUCCUCGACUGCGAUUUGUUAUCCCGAAGAUUGAAGAAGGCACCUCGGAGAUUGAUGGUCUUUUGAAAGUCAUUAGAGGCUAUGGGAUCAAAGUGGAUUGCGGAGAGAAAGCAUAUGUCGCUGGUACCCAGGAGGGCUUGUCCCAUCUCCUGCCCAAGCCCUUCAAACGAUUCACCUCCACUCUGAAUGUCGACUGCACGUUGUUGCUGGCAGUGGUCUCGGACCUGUCGCAUUACAAGAAUAUCACCCAAUCUCCGCAACAUCAUAAAGCCAUCAAUCGACAGAUUGCCGUUGAGCACGAGCGACCACUGUUGCCCACCGAGCUAUGGCCCGCGAUGGCUGCCAACGAGCUCGUGUGUGUCGAGGAAGCCGCGCAACGCAUGAAAGAAAUUGUGACCAUCAUCGGCACUGACACAGAAAAGCUGCGGAUGCAGAUUCUACUUGGCCAAGCUCCUUUCCAUGACUGCAGCCGAGAAGAACUUGCCCAGAAGUACCAGGAGUUGUCGGAUUAUGAGAUCCCGGCACAGUGGAAACUUCCGGUAAAGACGGUUGAAGCACAGUCGGUGAUUGCAGCUGCAUCAGAAAAUGCAAAGCUGCCCCCUGUCUAUCACAAAGUGGCGGAAAAUCUCUCGGAUAUCAACUAUAGUGUGUUUCUGUAUGGAUGGGCCGCGGGACUGGCAACCAUCUCAAGCAAUCGCACCGUGGUGAAAGAGAUUGAGUCCAUCGUUGAGACGCAUCGGGAUGGCGAUGAACACCUAGAGGGGCCUUUGAUCUGGGUGUGCGAUACCGCCAGGAGCUUGAUAGGCAAAGAGAAAGGCCGGAAAGAUUAGACCGUUCACCUCGGAAAGACGAUAGAUCGAACAUGACGACAGAAACGAUCCAUCCAUUAGCGGCAUUUGGAGUCAUUCUAACCGGAUUUUGUUUUCGAUAUUUGCUUUUCACAGGAACAGUCGAGGAGCAUGUAUGUGUUGUUGGCGUGGUCUUGAGUGCUGAUAUUGGGACUUGACGGCUCUUACUUUUCAAGAGACCGUGAGUUGUCCUCCGGAAGCCAGAAAACAAUUUCUUUGUCUGCAGACGCGAUCAUGUUGUACCGUGGAUUGUAUUCGACGACGGCAGUCCGUCCUCGAUGUGGCAGUCUAGUUAGAGGUUGCAAUAGACCGUUUGACUC